GCCUACGAAAUGCUGGAAGGGCGACUGAGCCCGAGAUUUUAUUCUUUCAACCCGGCACCAUUACCUCGCAUUUAUUCUGCAUCUGAUAUUGCAUUGACAUACAUAAAUGUAGAUUUAUACAUAGAUGUGUGUAUCUUUUGUUUUCCUGCAUCAAUGUUUACCUGUAUUUUGGGAUGCAUAUGAAUGUAUGCAUGGAUUGAUGUUUUUUCUUUUUUCAGAUUGUCGCUAGCCGUGCCUUUGAUUGAAUUAGUGUCUGCCCGCAACAAUCGUGAUACAUAUCACCAUUCAGAUCGCCGGGCUACACGUGGGUGAGCGACCGCUCUCGGCGUGUCGAACCCUGGUUGGCGGCUGCGUUGACGGACAUCGGCCUGGACCAAUCGGGUGUGGAGGAUGGCCGGCGGGGAAGGCGGGGUCUGGAGAAUAUCCGGGAUUGAGCGCCCUUUGGGCCGGUGGUUACAGAUUCAGCCAGAGGUGAUGUUGUAGGGUUGGUCUAACCUGGUGAUUACGGCACGGUCACCUGCCAACAGUGCAGAGAGCAGAGAAGAGCUCAUGCUAAGGGCCCGCACUCACUUCCAGCACAUCAUUACUCAGUACUGCACAAGAAGACUCGCAACUCUGGAACGCAAUAGGAAGUCAUCUUUGCAACUGUCUUUUUUUUAGAAUUUAAAUUUCCAUUGUAUGCAUAAAAUGGAUUGCAGAAGUCUCCAGUUUGUACUUGUUGGAUUGUUGGUGUUAUGCGGUCUUUCAUCAAGCCAUGACAAUUUGUCGUGUUCUACUUGCAAAGAAAUACGUAACAAUUUCUUAAAGGGUGUCGAAAAUACAUCCAGGAAGAAUUUUGGUGGUGGAAAUACAGACUGGGAAGAAAGAUAUUUGUCAAAAUACGAAAUCAGUGAGACUCGUCUUGUUGAAAUUAUGGAAUCGCUGUGUGAGAGUUCUGACUUUGAAUGUCAUCUCAUGGUGGAAACCAAUGAAGAGCAUAUUGAACGUUGGUGGUUCACGAUGCAGAAAGAACAUUCUGACUUCUUCCACUGGUUCUGUGUGGACACGAUUAAAGUGUGCUGUCCAGCUGGAAGCUUUGGUGUAGACUGUGAUGGGUGUCCUGGUGGGAUGGACAGGCCCUGCAGUGGGCACGGUACCUGUGAUGGUGAUGGGACGCGGGCUGGCGAUGGCUCGUGCAGCUGCACGAAGGAGUACAAGGGACCAGAGUGUCUGGACUGUGCUGAUGGCUACUACAGUGAAUUCCAGAAUGAAACAGAUUCGCUCUGCACAGCUUGUCAUCCUGCCUGCAAAACAUGCAGUGGCCCGUCGAAUCACAACUGCAGUGAAUGUGCAAAUGGCUGGGUCGAAACAGUCACGAAUGAAGACGGAGUCGCAUGUGAUGACGUUGACGAAUGUGCAGCAGAAACCUUUCCAUGUAAAGAGCACAAGUAUUGUUCAAACACGGAAGGGUCUUAUUCCUGUGAAGCUUGUCAUAAUGCCUGUGAUGCAUGUACCGGAGAAGGACCAGAAAGCUGUUUAAACUGCACCACUGGAUACUCAAUGGAAGGAUCAAAAUGUGUAGAUAUAAAUGAAUGCAGCCUGGCUGAAGAAGUAUGUACACGUGAAAAUGAAGACUGUGUUAACACUGAAGGCAGCUUUGAAUGUGCCUGCACAGCAGGCUAUCAAAACCAGAAUGGAGUCUGUGUAGAAGUAAAAACACCAGCUGAAGUAGAGAUGGCAGAAGAGGCAAAUGUUGAACCUAAAGAGUUAGCAGAUGAUGCACUUCAUGAAGACCUUUGACCCACAAUUUGACAUUUAUUUUUCUUCUACAAGAAAUCUCUGUAUAUUUUGAAAAGGACAGCCUUUCAGAUACAGGACUGAUAUUGUUUUUACAAUAGUUGCAUGUUGCCAAUGUAAUUUGUUUACAUGAAGGACCAUCUUUUCAUGGCCUGUUGUAUUUUAAACUCCUUGGGUCAAAAUGCUGUCUUCUCAUUUCUAUAUGUCAUCGAUACUUCACUUUUUAUCUAUUUUAUGUGAACAAUUCAUCAAUUAAAAAAGACAUUUUGUAAUGCUUCAGAUGCUAGUAAAUUCCUCUGGAAUGCUGACUGUUCCAACAUUGCACAAUUGCUGCAUAAUGACAUUGAGUUAUGUAUCUGAAAGAGGUUUUUUGUUGUGAAUCCUGUAUCAUUGUUGGAAUGUAGUUUUAUUUAUGAAAUUGAGAAGUUAUUUUGGCACUACAUUAUAUUAUCACAUGUUUCACUUUGUAUUCCAUCUGUGUAGCCUUGAGCCCAAUAAUUUAUCCCCUCCCACUCCCCUCUUCCUCUAUUACUCACUCUGGCCUCUUGCCUACUUCCACCUCCCCCUGGUGCUCCCUUCCCCCUCCCUUUCUCUUAUAGUCCACUUUCUUAUCCUGUCAGAUUCUUUCCUGUCCAGCCCUUUACCUAUCCCACCCACCGGCCUUCACCUAUCACCUUUUUGCUGUCCUCCUUUCCCUCCCCGCACCUUUUUAUUCUAGUGCCUUUCCCUUUCCUUCUCAGGGUCCUGGUUCACAAUGCAACUGUUUGUUUAUUUCCAUGGAUGCUGCCUGACUUGCUAUGUUCCUGUGUGUGUGUGUGUGUGUGUGUGUGUUGAAAUUAAUUGUUUUGACACUACAUUAUAUUACCACAUUUAAUUUCAAUGUCAUCCCUGUAAUCUUUUGAUCCCUCGUGUUAACUGUCGAUCACCUGAUGUUUCCUCACUCUAGACCAUAAACAUUUGAGAGAAUAUUUUUCACGUGAGAUCGUCUGUGUAAUCUAAUCAAGAAUUGUACCUAUGUUGUACAUGGUAACCGCCCAAAGUAUUAAUGUAUUUGUUUUUGAAUUUACCUUUGAAAUUCUUUCCAUGGACUUCAAUUUCGGAAGACCGAAAGGCUGUUGUAACUCCAAUUUAUACAAUGAGGAGAUAUAUUUACCUUGCAGCCUGUACUUCAGCUGUAUAUUUUUUUCUAAACUAAAGGCUAAGCACUUAUUAGGACGAUGUGCCAUUUCAAACUAAAAACAUUAAUGCAUUUGCUGCAAAUAUGUGACAAUU